UGUGAAUCUAGUAUGCUAAAAGUUUUUGGUUUAGACAUUCAAUGUUCCAGAAAUAAUCAAAGUUUCCGAAAAUGAUAUCAUAAUUAACAGGGUGUGAGUAAUUAUUGAGAUAGAUCCUUUGGAAAUUUCAAAAAAGAAAUUUAGCAUGCUGCAACGUAAUAAUUAUCCAAAUAUCCCUAUUAUAUUAGUAUAUGGAAUUAUUGUUAGUAGUGUAAAUAUAUAAAUGACACUUAACAUUAAGAUGAUGUAUUAUGGUAUUUCUGAGUCUAUGAAAAACUGCUAGGGUCUAGCAUAAAUCGAUAUCACAUAAAUGUAGUAAUUAUUGCUUAGCCCAUAGAUGUAUGAAAGACUUAAAAAGGCUUGUUGAACUCUGAAG